GACGACUUUCGUUUUCAGCUCUCCUACCUACAUCGAUAAUCUUUUCCUAUAAAUUCGAUAUCGUACUAAUUUUAGUAGCUAAACAUCUCACCAACAAAGCAAAAAAAAAAUUGUGUGUAAUAAUGGAUAGCCAUUGUCACCUCAGUAUUGCUCACUAUUUGCUUCUUUUGCUUUUGGUCUCUUCCUGCAUGCAGAGUACUACUAAACUCUGUUUCUGUUUGGCUAGUGAUGAAAUUUCAAGCAGUGUGAAGACAGAUUCAUGCAUUGACGAAGAAAGACAAGCGCUUCUCAUCUUUAAACAGCAUCUUGUUGAUCAUUCUGGUCGGCUUUCGUCUUGGGUGGGUCAUGAUUGCUGUCGAUGGGAAGGUAUUUCAUGCAACAACAGCACUGGUCAUGUCGUGAAGAUGGACCUUCGGAAUCCAUAUGACUUUUAUGGCUCUUUUUAUUAUGAAAGGUGGAUAAAUGCUUCUUUGCAAGGUACGAUAAAUGCUUCUCUGUUGAGCUUGAAACAUUUAAAUUACCUGGACUUGAGCCAGAAUGUGUUUGAUAGCAUUCAAAUUCCUAAGUUCAUUGGGGAGCUUAAAAGUUUGCAAUAUCUCAAUCUCUCCUAUACGUCAUUUAGAGGAGAGAUUCCCUCUUCUCUUGGUAACCUGUCAAGCCUAAAUUUUCUUGAUCUCGGGUGGAGCGGGAAUGUGUUUGACUUAUCUUCCAAAAAUUUGAAUUGGCUUUCUCACCUCACUUCCCUGAAAUACAUUAAUCUCAAUGGCAUUAACCUUAACAGCACAGGAGUCAGUUGGGCAUAUGAUAUUAACAUGCUUCCUUCAUUGUUAGAGUUACAUUUAUCUUCGUGCCAAAUUGAAAGCAUUCCACUCUCACUGCAGAGCAUUAACUUCCUUCCACUUUCACUACAGAGGAUUAACUUCACAUCACUGUUGGUCCUUGAUAUGUCGUCUAAUGGCAUUAAAAGUUCUUCAUUUCCCGGCUGGUUUUUUAAUCUUACCAACCUCGUAACACUUGAUCUAUCCGAGAAUGAUUUCUGGGAUUCUUUUCCAAGUGAAUUUUCAAACUUCAAAUCUCUGGAAAACCUUCAUUUAUCUGAUACAGGCUUAAAAGGUCAAAUUCCUAAAGUCAGUGGAAAUUUGUGCAAGCUAAAAGUCUUAAGUCUUUCAUGGAACAAAUUUGAUGGGGGGAUUGAAGAGUUUUGGAGGAGUCUCUCAAAUUGUCCAAGUAAUACAUUAGAGUCACUAGAUUUGUCUAAUUGCCAGCUUGAAAGCCAAUUGCCGGUCUUUUUAGGAAUGUUCAAAAGUUUGCAGAAUCUCAUCCUUGGAGAAAACAAUUUGUGGGGCUCAAUUCCAGAUUCCAUCGGAAACUUGUCAUCCUUGAGAGCACUAGCCCUCAAUUCUAAUAAUUUGUCGGGCUCAAUUCCAAAUUCCAUCGGAAACUUGUCGUCCUUGAGAACACUAGAUUUCAGUGAUAAUAAGAUGAACGGCUCAAUUCCAGAAAGUAUUGGACAACUCUAUGAGCUAGUUUCCCUACUUCUGCUUGAUAAUUCAUGGGAAGGCAUUCUAACGGAAGCCCAUUUCAUAAAUCUUACCAGAUUACAAGAUUUUGAAGUAGGAAAUAUAGACCGACCCACGUCCCUCAUUCUCGAUGGGGCUUAUGACAGGGUUCCUCCUUUCAAGCUCUUCAGAAUUUUGAUCAUAAAUUGUCGGAUAAGUCCUGGUUUUUGGGUAUGGCUUCAAACUCAAACUGAAAUGUCUAUAGUUAACCUUAUGGGUAAUGGAAUCUUGGAUUCCAUACCAGAGGAAUGGUUGUUGAAGAUAUCUUCCCAAGCUAGCUUUCUAGACUUGUCUUACAAUCACUUUCAUGGAAACUUUCCAUCCCAUUUGAAGUUUCAAAAUUUAACGUCUAUUGAUUUGAGUCAUAAUCAGUUGGAGGGUCCACUACCACUUUGGUGUUUCCCUAAUGUCGAUUCCCUUUAUCUAGAAGGUAAUUUAUUUUCUGGGCCAAUCCCCUCAAAUAUUGACCAAAUGAUGCCCAAGUUGGAAGAAUUGUUACUUGAUGAGAAUCAUUUGAAUGGCACUAUUCCUCUUUCUAUUUGUAAGAUGCAGAAGUUAAAAAUCCUAUCUCUAAGGAGCAAUCAGUUUUCAGGAGAACUCCCUCAUGCAUGGAAUAUGGAGAACAUUAUGGUGUUUUUAGAUGUUGGUCAAAACAAUCUGUCUGGUAAGAUUCCCACUUCAUUGGGGGUACUACGUUCCCUGGAAAUUUUAAAGCUCAACGACAACAAUUUUGGCGGUGAAAUUCCUGAUGCCUUGCAAAAUUGUUCAAGUUUGAGGAGUAUUGAUCUUGGAGACAACAAGUUAUCUGGGAAAAUACCUCUAUGGAUAGGAGGGUCAAACGUAUCUAAGUUGUCUAGGCUACGAUUACGGUCCAACUAUUUUAGUGGAUGUAUUUCCCAGCAACUGUGCAAUCUUCAAGGCCUUCACAUCCUCGACCUUAGUCACAACAGCCUUUCAGGUACUAUUCCCAUGUGUUUGGAUAACUUAACUUCGCUAGUCAAUGAUGCUUCUUAUGAACACCGUUAUGAUUACUUUGAGCAAGCCACACUGACACUAAAAGGACAAGAACUUGUGUACAACACAACUCUGUAUCUUGUAAAGAGCAUUGAUCUUUCAUCAAAUAAUUUACAAGGUGAAAUCCCUAAAGAAAUAAGCAGCCUCAUUCAAUUGGGCACCUUGAAUUUGUCUAAGAAUCAAUUGACUGGAAAGAUCCCCUCUAAGGUCGGAAACUUGCAUUGGCUCGAAACUCUUGAUCUCUCACACAACCACCUUUCGGGACAAAUUCCUCAAAGCUUGUCAUCUUUAACCUCUUUGUCCCACCUGGACUUGUCUUACAACAACUUGUCUGGAAGAAUUCCUACUGGAAACCAGCUUCAAACGCUCAAUUUUUCGUCCAUUUAUGUGGGCAAUCAAUGGCUAUGUGGGGUUCCUCUCUCAACUAAGUGCCCUGAAGAUGACACUUUUACUGCUAAGGAUGCAAAGGAUGAGAAUGAAGAUGGAAAGGAUAAGUUGUGGCUCUAUGUCAGCGUGGUACUUGGCUUUAUCGUAGGCUUUUGGGGCGUUUGCGGCACGUUGAUCUUAAAGACACCGUGGAGGUAUGCCUAUUUUCAAUUCUUCGAUGACAUCAAAGAUAAGGUAGCACUAGCAAUUGCAUUAAAAGUGGCUCGUUUCAAAAAGUUUUUAUUCUGAAGUUUGAUUGCCCUAAUAUAUAUUGUGAUGUUUUUCCCCUUCUACUUUAUGUUUUGGUACUUGCAACAUAUGUAUUAAAUAAAAGAAUCCUUCAGUAAGUGUUCCCACAAACAAUUAUGUAACGGUUAUCCAUGUAAUACAAGAAUUCUAUCUAGUUUGUACUUAUGAAUCGCAUAAUACAAUCUACCGAUGUAAUGUUGCAAUUUAACAAAAUAACAUUACGAAGUAGAUAAGCACACGUGUGUAUUCUUCUCUUUUACACUUGAAUGUCGUCCAACUCGGCGAGUGGUAGUCCACCUCUACCGCCUUCUCGAUGCUGCCAAAACCAUACCAAAAUGGGAGGAAGAAUUGGUGGUUCGAUAUCGUCGAGGGUUUUCUGGGAUCCUGUUCCUUGCAGAGAGAGAGGUGGGAGAAUUCGAUGGCGUCUUCCGGGUUCCUGUCCCUUGCCGAGAGAGAGAUGGGAGAGGUAUUUUGGCGUCUGUUGCAGAGAGAGAUUAGGGGGUGGGUCUAGGGUUUGCACAGAGGGUAGGUGGGCGAUUCAAUUGAGGGGCUCCAUCUCUAUUCUCGCUUGCUUAAACUUUCCGCUCUUCAGCUCCGGCCCCAGGUGCAGGCGACGUGGACCUGGUCAACGAUGUCUUCAUUCACAGUUCCGGACAACAGUUCUGAACCUCUGGCGAUUCCGACUGAGAAAGAGGUCAAUAACAGCAAGGAGCUUGAAGGGCUCUCGGGUCCAAUGAGGAAGGAUUUUUCACAAGUUCGAAAGAAAGAUCACUGCGAUUAACAAAGAGUUAGAGCCACUAGGACGUACGUGCCAGAAGAAGGAAAAGGAAUACAGAGAUGCACUUGAAGCUUUCAAUGAAAAGAACAGAGAGAAAUAUAACCAGAAAUAUAACCGUUGUGCUUCAUCUUCUGCUGGUUAAACCAGAAAUAUAACCGUUGGAUCAUUUGCUAGCAAUUAGUAGAGGGAUGGGGGCUUCAUCUCUAUUCUCGCUUGCUGAAAUUUUCUGCUCUUCAGCUCCAGGCCUCAGGUGCGUGAAGGCGAAGUGGUCCUGGUCGACUGUCUCUUCCUCCACACUUCUGGACGAUGGUUCCGAAGCUCUGGCGAUUCCGACUGAGAAAGAGGUCAGUAACAACAAGUUAAAGAGGAUCCUGCUGAUGCUGAACCUAAAUUUAACCCUUUUACUGGAUCUGGAAGACGCUUGGAUGGGAAGCCUUUGAAAUAUAAGCCAGCACCAGCUUCUUCCUCAGGAUCCAAAGACAAGAAACCUGCAGUCACCAAUGGAAAUGCACAACCUUCUACAGGAUCUAGUUCACAAGCUACCAGUUGUCAGGCUCAGGGAAAACUUGUUUUCGGAUCAAAUGCCAGUCGCUCUCCAAAGGAGACAAAAAAGGAAGCUGCAAAAGAGACUAAGAAAGAGAAGCAGCCGGAAGUGAAAGAAGACCCGAAAUUCCAGCCUUUUAUCAACUUUUAGUGAGGUUCAAAUUUAGAAUGCAUUUGUACUCAUGAGGCAUUGGGGUAAAAUAGCUAGGGGAUAACGUUUUAGUCAGGUACAAAUAGCAACUGUUUUUUUUGUUUUUGGUUAUUUUUUCAUCUAGGGGAUAACUUUUUGUUGUUUAUUGAAAGGAAUAUUAGAACACAUCCACACCCUAUUUUGUCAAAUUGUUCUAAAGUGUCUGAUGCUGAUUUUAGAA